AGGUUCGAGACCAUAUCAAAAGUGCAAGUUACCCGUCACUCGAGGCAUCCUCCGUGGUCAAAGCUCGGACUGCUGACCAAGCCUCAGANNCAAGCAGCCUUCGCGCUGACUGACACUGGCCUCUCUCCUAGCGAUGCUCAGCACCAGGCCACGAAUCUAGAGCAAACUGCCUACGACGAUUCGGGAAAUUUGCAAGAUUACCAAUCUCGUAUUGAUGCUGUAAUUCGUGACUUGUCGUUGAGAUCGAGCAUACAUGAGCCACCCGCAGAACCCUCCCAAGACCCUCUCGUGUUACCGUCUGGCGGUGUGACCAUCGGUCAUUAUACAAAUGCAGUACACCACAACGACGGCUUGUUCUCUGAAGUCUACAAAGCUGUAGCACAGUUUGGGUGUGGCAUCACCCCGAGAACACAUGGUUAUCAGGAGCACCCUUGUCUAGUUGCUCUAAAAGUCACCAAUCCAUCUGCCACAGAGCCACCCCACGAUUCUGUGCGCGAGGUACGCCUACUAGAACGAGCUCGCCAUCAGUUCGUUGUAGAGCUCGUUGAGAGCUUCCAACAAACUGGCGGUCGACUGGUGUUGGUAUUCCCCUUUAUGCCCUAUACCCUUGAUGAUCAACUCAGAAAGGGUAAGCUGCAAUCACAAGACCAGCAAAUCAUUCUCUCGCAGUUGAUGCAGGGUCUUGAGUACAUCCACAGUUGUGGGAUUAUCCAUCGAGAUAUCAAGCCCUCCAAUAUUCUACUCAGGAGUCCAUCUGGUCCAGCCUACAUCUCUGACUUUGGCAUCGCAUGGUCGGCUGAUGAUCCUUCAUCUGAACCCGCCAAGGAGAAGAUCAUGGACGUUGGUACAACAAGCUACCGUCCUCCAGAGCUCAUGUUUGGCAAUCGUUGGUACGAUGCGAGUUUGGAUAUGUGGGCAACUGGUUGUGUGGUUGCUCAAGUGGUGAGCUUGGGCUAUCAAACAUUAUUUGAUUCUGGUGAUCUUGGGAGCGAUCUUGCCUUGAUCAAGAGCAUUUUCUCUACGCUUGGAACUCCAGAUACCGAGAGCUGGCCUGUAAGUCCGGAACAAGAACCGAGUAGAUUGGGUUAG